CUCUUGCCCCACGUAUUGGGAAUCCUAUCCACUGCAAUUGCAAGAAAAUUUUUUAAAUUUGUGAUGUUCGCCAAUUUUAAUCAUAUGUUUUGAGUUUUUCAAUUAUCAAAUUCAAUCGUUCAAUUUGCUAUAUAGUUUCCACUAAUUCUUAAGAGCUACCUCAUUUCUAUCCUAUUCAAGAGGUCUUUCCUGCAAGACGCAAAUUAUGAAUCGUGCGAAAAAGCUUCCCAUUAUAUUGCUGAUUUUCUUCAUACCUCAAUUUUGCAUUUCACUAGACACCAUAACUAUUAACCAACCCAUUGCAGAUGGUGACAUUAUAGUUUCUGCUGGGGAGACAUUUGCACUUGGUUUUUUCAGUCCAGGCAAAUCGAGCUACCGUUAUCUUGGAAUUCGGUACAACAAAAUUUCAGAAAAACCUGUUGUUUGGAUCGCAAAUAGAGAUAUACCUAUCAGUGAUACAUCUGGUGUUCUCUCAAUCAACAGUCAUGGAAACCUUGCCCUUAACAGCAGAAACCGAGCAGCUCCCCUAUGGUUCACAAGCGUUUCGGCUUUGCCAACAAACAAUUGUGUAGCUCAACUCUUAGAUUCGGGAAAUCUCGUCUUGUUUCAUAGCAGAAGUGUCAUAUGGCAGAGCUUUGAAUACCCGACAAAUACCAUGCUUCCCAACUUAAAACUCGGGCUGGACAGAAGAACCGGUCUGAACCGGUUCCUAACAUCUUGGAAAUCUUCAGAUGACCCUGGUGCUGGCAAUUUCUCGCAUAGGAUCAACCCUGAAGGUUCCCCCCAAUUGUUCUUAUACGAGGGUCAAGUUCCGAAAUGGAGAGCUGGUCAUUGGAAUGGCAUUAGAUGGUCCGGAAUGCCUAGAAUGAAGAGAGGCCUUAUCUUCAACGUCAGCUUUGUGAACAAUGAGAACGAGAUUUCCAUCGAGUGGGGCGUUGCAAAUGGCUCAAUCUUGACAAGAUUAGUGGUGAAUGAGUCCGGCUCUGUCCAACUGCUUACAUGGCAUGAAGACCAGGGUCGAUGGGAUGAGUUCUGGUUUGCGCCCAAGGACCAGUGUGACAACUAUGGAAUAUGUGGAUCCAAUGGUAACUGUGUUCUGAACGAUGAUGAAUUCGACUGCACUUGUCUUCCCGGGUAUCGGCCCAAAUCACCUCAAAAAUGGUAUCUGAAAGAUGAAUCAGACGGGUGCGUUAGGAAGAAUCAGACAGCACUUUGCAGAAACGGUGAAGGGUUCGUAGAGGUGGCAAAUGUGAAGGCUCCGGAUGCGUCAGUUGCCCGUGUAUUGGCAAAUUUGGAUUUGAAAGCUUGUAAAGAUGAGUGCCUGAGGAAUUGUUCAUGCACUGCAUAUGCAAGUCUAGGUGUGACAGAAGGAAGUGGAUGCUUGACAUGGUAUGGUGAUUUGCUAGAUACAAGAGUAUUUAUAGAAGGCGGGCAAAGUUUAUAUAUGCGUGUGGAUGCACUUGAGUUAGCUCAAUAUGCAAACAAGCAGAAGCACCUUCUUGCAAAGAAAUGGAUAUUGCUAAUUGUGAUAUUGUCCAUAGCUGCAGCAGUUUCCUCUGUUCUUCUUUUCUCACACUGGUUGGUGAGGAGGCGACGGAGAUUAUCACAAAAUGCACAACCUCAAAUGUUUAUCUAUAGUUCUAGUGCUCACCCAGAUGAUCCACCAAGGGAAAAGGAGCUUGACAGAUCCAGAAGUCGUUCACAUUUACCUUUCUUCGAUAUAGACACACUAGUUGCAGCAACCCAUAAUUUUUCCAACAAACUUGGAGAAGGUGGUUUUGGCUCAGUUUAUAAGGGCCAAUUAUCAAAUGGACAAGAAAUAGCAGUGAAAAGAUUAUCUAAACAGUCAGGACAAGGAAUACAGGAAUUCAGGAAUGAAGUACAAUUGAUAUCAAAACUGCAACAUAGAAACCUUGUCAGGCUUUUUGGUUGUUGCAUUCAUAAAGAAGAUAGGAUGUUGAUCUAUGAAUAUUUACCAAAUAAGAGCCUGGACUAUUUCAUCUUUGAUAAGACAAGGAAACAAUUAUUGGACUGGAGAAAACGUUUUGAAAUUAUUUUUGGGAUAGCUCGAGGAGUCUUAUAUCUACAUCAAGAUUCAAGACUAAAAAUCAUCCAUAGAGAUUUGAAAGCCGGUAAUAUUCUGCUAGAUGUUGCAAUGGAGCCAAAAAUUUCAGACUUUGGUAUGGCUAAAUUGUUUGGGAAAGACCAAAUUGAAGCUAAUACAAAACGAGUGGUUGGAACAUAUGGCUAUAUGUCUCCGGAAUAUGCAAUGGAUGGGCUAUAUUCUGUAAAAUCUGAUGUCUUCAGCUAUGGUGUCUUAAUGCUAGAGAUCAUAAGUGGCAGGAAAAACACCGAGUAUGAUGAAGAAAGCCCUUAUUUGAAUUUGAUUGGGAACGUUUGGGAGCUAUGGAGGGAAGGAAAAGGCUUGGACAUAGUUGAUUAUUCAUUGUUGGAACAUUCAUACCCUUGUCAAGAAAUUUUGAGAUGCAUUCAGAUUGGACUUCUAUGCAUUCAGGAGCACCCAGCUGAUCGGCCAACCAUGCUUGAAGUUGUGUUCAUGUUAGGCAAUGAAACAAGUCUUCCUUCUCCUAAAAAACCAGCAUUUGUUUUCCUGAAUCAAAGUAGGCCAGAGUCUUUAAUAACUAGAGGAGAUGUUUGUUCUAUAAAUGAUGUCACAGUUACUAUGAUUGAAGGUCGAUGAAAUUCUAGUAGGAUUUUGGACUGCGAAAGGGUCACAAAUGUAAAAUAACUCCAAAUUUAUAAAACUAUCGUUUUGGACUUUUGGUUCA